AUGGCGGAUAACGAAGAACACUCGGAAGAUUCGAACUCCAUUGGAGGAGACUCGUUUGAAGCUGUAAAACAAAGCUUGAAGGAUCGAUCAAAGAAAGUUGUUCAGACGAGAGAGUUGUUGUCUAAACAAGCGGUCCAAACGCGAGAGAUCUUAUCGAAACAAGCCGUUAAGAUCGCCAAACAAGCAGAAGAACACGAACGAUUCAUCAAUAAGGUGACACAUCUUGUUGGGGUGCUUGGAUUCGGAGGCUUUUGUUUUCUACUUGGGGCAAGGCCUCAAGACAUUCCUCUCGUUUACUGUUUAUUCUACGUGAUCUUUGUUCCUCUCCGAUGGAUAUAUUACCGGUUUAAGAAAUGGCAUUAUUAUCUUCUGGACUUUUGCUACUACGCCAACACGAUCUUCUUGGUUGAUCUUCUUUUGUAUCCUAAAAAUGAGAAGCUUUUCAUGGUUUGCUUUUCCUUUGCUGAGGGACCAUUGGCAUGGGCGAUUAUUGUCUGGCGUUGCAGUCUGGUUUUUAGUUCGCUCGAUAAGCUUGUUAGUGUUCUUAUACAUCUCUUACCUGGGCUCGUGUUCUUCACGAUUAGGUGGUGGAAUCCAGCGACCUUUGCAGCUAUGCACCCUGUAGGCACUGAUCGUAGGGCUUCAUGGCCUUAUGUGGAAGACAAAUCUUACCUCUUUACAUGGCUGUUUCUUAUCCCCUUGGUGGUUUAUACUCUUUGGCAAGUGCUCUAUUUUCUAAUCGUUAAUGUCCUGCGUAGGCAGAGACUCCUCAGAGACCCUGAAGUUAUGACUUCAUACAGAGAGCUGUCGAAGAAAGCUCAAAAGGCAAACAAUAAGUUGUGGCAGCUGAGCGGUCUUCUAGGGGAUCAGAACCGUAUAUGGAUGUACAUCCUCUACCAGGGCAUCUUCACGGUGGCGACCAUGGCAUUGACUGUACCGAUCUUCCUAUCUUAUAGACUUCACGUGAUCUUUCAGAUCCUGAAGAUUUCAGCGGCAGUGUGGAACGGAGGGAGCUUUUUACUUGAGGUAAUGCCAAGGCAAGUGAUCCAGAAAGAGAACAAGAAGAAAACAGAGAUGCAGCCUCUAGAGGAGCAUCACGAACCGGUAUCACCUCCGACUCAAAAUGAGCCAAAAUCUACUGAAACAUGA